AUGGACUCAUCGGCGUACAUAUGGAACCCUGUCCAGUGCACGGUGCAGCUCGUCUUCAGCCGCCCCAGCAGCGGCGCGGCGAUUCGAGCUGGCUCCGCGUACCACGGCACAUCCAUCAUCCGCUACCGGCGUGAGCCGUAUCGUGACACAGCAGACAGCGCCGCGGGAACUGCUAGCUCUUCUGCAGCUUCUCCCUCUGAAGGCAACUCCGAGUACGAAGACUUCCUGCGACACCGUCGCGUGAUAGCCGAGAAAAACGCCCUGCAUCUUCACGCACUCACAACCGCUGGCGGUAUAUACAAGGACGCCAGGGUGCUCGAUGUCCAGUCCUAUCAGGUGAGGUGUGUCUCCAUCUCUGCUGACGCGGGCGCGGCAGUGCUCAGGGUUGUGUCCGUCGAGCAGGAGGAUGCUGGAGCGGCAUCAGCGGGCAGCAGCACCAGUGGUGGAGCCGGGAAGAGGAAGGGAAGCUCCAAGGUUUGGAAAAAGGGCGGCACGGAUGUCGCGGAACACGAUGCACAGACAUCUGGCGACUCGCCCACACCCGCCGCAGUGGACUGGGGAUCGAAGCUGAUCCUAUUCGAAGGCGCCGGCAGCUUACCCCCGUUCUCUGAGGUGGAUCUAACAACUCAGUUUAUUGGCAGAGUUCAGUCUUUCGACUGUGGUGGAAUCUACGCCGCCGGUGGGAUCAGCAGUAACCCCAGCACCGAAGAUGUACCUCUACUCACACAUUUUGAGGUGCGCUUCGCCCGGUGCGCGUUUCCGGCCCCCGACGACCCGCAGUACCGCCUCGAAUGGCAGCUCAAGAGUAUCCAGGUGCCUAGUAGCUUCCGCACAAUCUUGACGAACGGAGAGGAGCGUGGCCGCAAAGAACUGGCGGCGCAGCAGGCGGUGCAGGUGAGCUUUGCCCCGUGCGGCCCGCUACCCGCGUACGUCUUCUCGUUUGCGUGCUUUCCAGGCAUUGCUGAGGUGGAGAGCAUGUCCGCAGCUGGCGAUGGGCUGGAGGUGGUAGAGGGAAGCUUGGACGUCCCAAAGUUUGCUGGUGACAUCGUGAGCGGCCUCAGUGACACCAGUAACCUGUCCCACACACCCGUUCCUGUGCGUGUACUGGCGCGACGACAGGCGCGAAUCGCUACGGCAACCCUCGAGCGCGUCUUACGCCUCACCAUCGAGUCUGUGAUAGCGCUCCAGCACCUCUUUCAGUGUCCACUGCCGCUCCUUCAGUGCGAGCACCUGGACGUCCUCCUUGGUCCAACAAUGCCGUAUAUCUCCGGUAUGGAGCACCAUUGCUCGAUUAUUCUCAACGAGGCCAUCUACCAGCCAGGCAGGAAAACCGCCGCCGCCGGUGGAGGGAGUGCGCACAGUACCGCCGAGGUGGAACAAACAGAGCUCAUUGUGCACGAGCUGACACACCACUGGGUCGGAAACGCCCUGGGGCUGCCGUUUGCCGUGAAGGAGGGUAUCUGCCAGGUGAUCGAGCAGUGUGUCGGCGACACGCUACUAGGCAAGCCCAUGCGCACGUACAAGGCAGACAGCAGCGGUAGCGCAAAGCCCGAGAGCUCCUCCCCUUCCUCCUCGACUGCGAAGCCGCCGAAGAGCACCAUCCGGGCCUCUGAGAAAGGCCACGAGUUCACAGGGACCUCGUACCAGCACGCACUCAGUGCCAUUAAGCGGUUGGUCGCCGAGCACGGGUUUGACCGCUUUGUCGCGUGCCUGCGACAGCUCAUGCACGUGCACGUCGUUGUUCCAGCCAUCGCAGUCGAGGAGAGCGGCGGAAUCCAGGUGCUGCGGUACGUCCGUUCUGGCAUCGCCACCCCACCGUACCUAAGUACGGAGCAGUUCCUGCGUAACGUGGAGAGCGCGUUGUGA